AUGUCAGUGAAACUGGAGAGAGUCGUUAAAAAUGUAGGCUUUCAGUGUCGUUAUUCACUUUUACAUGAUUUUAGGGGCCGAUAGACUUUGUCGGCGUCUUGGUUCGAGAUCAGCAAGUAGUAUUAGCAGAUGCUUAUUUGAAUGAGACAGGAGUUUUGUAUACGGAUGUUGUCGGGAACGUCCAAACUAUUGGCUACGAUUAUGAUGGCCACCAGCUUGUUGCCAAGUUUGCCAGGCCGAUCCUCUCUGACGACGUAAAGAAUGAUCAGCAGCUUGAUGAAUGCACGGUAUGAUAUAUUCUCUUAUUUGAUACAAAAAUUAUAUAGAGCUUUCUCCUACCUCAAAAGCCAGGCCUUAUUCCUCCUACUGGGAUCAAGCCCAACUUGAAUGAAUUUAACAAAGUCGAGAUCUGCGACAUCCAGGAACAUUGUUCUAUUUCAAUAGACACAAAACAGCCAAAGGCUUUCAAAGCAGAUGCUAAAGAAGAUGUAAGAUUCGCUAAAUCGGUGGACAUAAGUGGCGCAGGAGACCCAUGUGGUUUUACUGGACACGACUACACAGCCAACUGGACUUAUGACAAAACGGAUGACAAAAUACAUUUUGUAUACAGAUUCCCUUCAAAGGAAGGGAAAUACUGGUCAGCGAUUGGCAUUGGAGACAACAUGUCGGUAUGUCUUUAGUGUAAAAAUAAAUGUUCUUGUUGUAGGAUAUGGAUAUUGCGGUCAUGUUCCUAGAAAACGGUGAUGUAAAGAAGAUGGGCGACUAUUUCUCCAGUGGUUAUGGGGUCCCCGAUGAAGAUUCAAACCAGGACUGGUCUCUCGAUAGCUCAAAGAAAGUCGACUCUGAGGUGGAAAUUCAUUUCUCUCGAAAGGUUGUCACCGACGACUCGGAAAAGGUAAUUUCAUAAGAACUAGUUACGUGACUGUAAUUAUCCUCAAUCGACCUUCAACCCCCCUCUUCUCACCCUGACUCAACAUUUUUAGGACCGCCCUAUGGAUGACUGCGUGCUUUUCCAGUUUGGAAUUAAUAGUGGUCACUAUGGGGACGGUUACAAGAUACGUAAGCAUGAUGGAUGGCCCGAUCUUUACAAAGCUUGCAAUCUACGAGACAAUUGUGCUGCUAUUCAAAUAGAGAAGCGCAAAAAUAAAAAUAAGCAGCAUAAAGAAAAGAACGACGAAGAAAGUGAGACAAGCACCCCCGUUGUUGAUGAGAGCAACGACCAGCAAGAAACUGUCCUCGAGAACGGUAGAUCUCUCUGCGAUUUUUAAUAACUCAUUUCAGACCAAAAACCGAAAAAGGGUAAAAACAAGAACAAAAACAAGGGAAAAGGCAAAGGAAAGGGAAAGAAUAAGAAACAGGACAAUGAGGAGCAGGUUGACGGUUCAGGACAAGAAUUCGAGGGCUCCGGACAAGAGGAGCCAGAACCAGUUCCCGAGCACACUACAGAGGUUGCAACCGAACCAGAAACAACGUCUAACUCAGUAUCUCCUUCCAAACAGCCUGAGCCAACCACUUUGUCAGCAGAAGCGACUACUGUUGCGCAAGAGGCAACUACACAAAAAGAUUCUCUUUCGGAGUCAACAACUGUCAACGAUAACGAGGAAGCGGCGACCGCGUCAACGAAGAUAGAAACUACCGCGGAACCCAAAUCAGAUGAUAAAACAACGACAGUGAAAGACAAAUGCGACCAUAAGAAACCUGACCUCAACGUUUGCGAGGGAUAUAUGAAUAAUUACCUCGCACAGGUCAAAGAAUGGGCAGAACGUCAUGAUGAGACUAUAGAACAACAGUAUGGGAAAGCUUGUGCCCUUCUAAAUGCAGUACCCCAUGUGCCCAGUCUUUGUUGCCACAUCUUCCAAAAAGUUUGUGCUAAUCAGAUCUCUCAGUAA